AUGCAAUCUAUUAAUUUCCCAAGAAGGCAAAGUGUUCCAAAUGUGUCAUCAUCAACGUCAAUUCAAGUUAUCAAACUAUCUCGUCAUUUACAACAUCCAUCACUACAAAUUCAAGAUACCCGUGGGUCCAUAAAAGUCAACAUUCAAUCGAAUAAUAGUACUCGAAAUAAAGUUCCAUCGAUAAUCACUCGAAACAAGAAUACGAUCUCUACUAGAAUUCUCGAUUCUAACAAAGUUAAUCUAUUUUAUCAACCAAUUGCAUUUCAACAAAACAGUCAUUUGAAUACGAAUGGAAGAGAAAACUACCACAGACAACUAUCGACAACUAGAAUACAUUCCACUACAGAUAACCGAAGAGUCUCUUUCGACAAUCCGAACAUUAUCGAUCAUUGUAGAGAUAUUGUGUUAAUAGAGCAAUCGUUAAAAGAAGUAGAUGAUAUCGACAAAUAUGAUCCACAAUAUCGAAAUAAAAAACGAGGAUGGUUUCAACAGUGUUGCAUACGCUCUUCAUUAUGGAUAAUUUUAUCACUGGUAACUCUGAUCGUCCUUGGAGGAAUUAUCGCAGCAGCUGUAACGGCUUUGCUAUCGACAGAAAAACCAUCGACAGCUAUAAGAAUAACGAGUACAACGACGAUCACGAGCUCCACUACUACUGAAACAACAACAAUCACAGAUAUCUCAUGUUCAUCAACAUGCAACUCCCAGCAAUCAUGUAUUGAUGGAAUAUGUAUCAAUGUCGGAUAUCUUGCCUGUACGUUGACAUGGUCGCGACCUGGUGAUGGUGAUAUCGAUGUCGAGACUCCCAACAGGAAUAUAAUUUCCUAUAAAAACAAAGGUCCUUCCGCGAGUACCGACUACGGUGAAUUGGACAGAGACGAUCAGGUAAACGAAGGACCAGAGAAUGUCUAUUGGACAACUAACGGUCCCGUACCACCAACAGGAACUUAUCAUAUUUGUUUUGAACCGUACAAGUUUGACAAUCCAAAUAUUAGUGCAGCUAAUCCACUAACGAUUAUGUAUCGUAUUGUUCGUCCGUCGAGUCCUACUCUUGUAUUUACACGAACCUUUACCUCAACUAUUAAAAAUUCUUACAAUUGUAGUGCAACGGCCAGUACUCUGAUAGGCUCAUUUACUUAUCCAUGA